GGUAUGUAUUUUUCUACCCAUCAUUUGGCCAAAAACACAACCUCCGCCGGCGGAAUAGGAUUGAUUUAAUGGAUGCCAGGGCAGCCGUCGCAGCCUCCUCCUCCUCCCCAAAACAAUGGAAGCACGACGUGUUCUUGAGCUUCAGAGGUGAAGACACGCGCAAGACCUUCACCGACAACCUCUACUGGACAUUAAAAGACAACAAGGUCAACGUCUUCAUCGACGAGAACGAACUACGACGAGGGGAAAAUAUAACAGACGAGCUAGUGGAAGCGAUCAAACGGUCCAGGAUCGCCGUCGUUGUCUUCUCGAAGCGGUACGCGGAUUCGAGAUGGUGUCUUGAGGAGCUGGAGAAGAUCGUGGAAUGUAGAGAAACAAUGGGUCAAACUGUUUUGCCUAUUUUCUACGAUGUUGAUCCUUCCGAAGUUAGGCACCAGACUGGUAGUUUUGCCACGGCAUUUGAGAAGCAUGAAGAGUGCUUCGAUGGCGAUACGGUGCAGAGGUGGAGAUCGGCUUUCACUCUAGCUGCAAAUUUGGCUGGUGGGAAUCUUAGAAACGCUGAUGGGUACGAAGGAAAGUUUAUAAGGAAAGUUGUCGACGACAUCACUCGAAGACUGAAGUUUCUGAACAGCACAUAUCCAGAUGUAUCCAUGAACCAAAUUGGCAUAGAUUCUCGCGUGCAACUUAUCAGUAACGAGUUAGAUGUCGGAGGAUCAAAUAAUGUUCGCAUUAUUGGAAUUUUGGGUAUGGUUGGGACGGGCAAGACAACGGUUGCAAAAGCCAUUUUCCACAGAGUUCAUCAAAUGUUUGAAGGUAGCUGUUUCCUUUCAAAAGUGAGGGAAGAGGAUAUGGUUAAAUUGCAAAACAAGCUUCUUAGUGAUAUCUUGAAACCAGCUAAUGUAGAGGUAAGUAGUGUCGAUCAGGGGACUAAGGAGAUAGAAAGAAGACUUGGCCUCAUGAGGGUGCUUGUCAUAAUUGAUGACGUAGAUUGUGUGAAACAAUUACAUGAGUUGGCUAUAAAUCGUGACACGUUUGGUCCAGGGAGUAGAAUUAUUAUAAUAACAAGAGACGAACACUUGCUAAAGAUACUUGAAGUGGAUAAGACAUGUACCGCACAAAUAAUGAAUAAAGAAGAAGCUCUUAAGCUCUUUUGUUGCCAUGCCUUUUCGGAGAGUUAUCCUGCUGAUGAAGAAUAUCUUGAACUGUCGAGCAAAGUUGUCGAUUACUGCGGAGGUUUGCCACUAGCACUUGAAGUAUUAGGUUCUUAUUUAUGUACGAAACUCAAAAGUGAAUGGAGAAGUGCAUUGCGUAAAUUGAAAAGACAUCCUCAUAUGCCAAUUCAUGAAAAGCUUAAAAUAAGCUACGAUGGGCUAAUUGAUGAUGGCGUGAAGGAUAUAUUCCUUGAUAUAUCUUGUUUCUUUAUUGGAAUGAACAAGGAACAUGUCAUGGCAAUAUUGGAUGGCUGUAACUUUGAUCCAGAAAUAGGAAUCGGAGAACUCCGUGAUCGAGGCCUUGUAACUGUUGAUGAAGGAAACAACCUGGUAAUGCAUGAUUUGCUUCGAGAUAUGGGCAGACAAAUCGUACGUGCAAAAUCCCCUAACAUCCUUGGAAAACGUUGUAGAUUGUGGGAUCAAGAAGAUGUAAAAGACGUGUUGAGGAGCAAAUCUGGAACAGAGUUCGUUGAAGGACUCGUGUUAGAUUUGCAAGAACCUGACAAGGCUAACUUCAGUACAGAAGCAUUUAAAGAGAUGCAGAGACUCAGGUUGCUCAAACUCAAAGGAGUAAAGUUCAAAGGAAACUGCAAACAUAUUUCCAAAAAGUUAAGAUGGUUGUGCUGGCCUGAGUUUCCUCAAGGGGUCAUACCAAAUGAUUUUACUAAAUACCUAGUUGAUGUCGACCUGAGUCAUAGCAAAAUACAAGUUUGGAAUGAUUCCAACAUGCGGCUUGAGAAGUUGAAGUUUCUUAAUCUUGGGUAUUGCCAUCACCUGAAAAGAUCUCCAAACUUUUCAGAACUCCCAAAUCUCGAGAAACUGUUACUUAAUGACUGCCAGAGUUUUUCCGAGGUUCACCCUUCCAUAGUACAACUGAAGAACCUUAAGUAUUUAUCCCUUGCGAACUGCAAUCUAAGAGAUGAUGCACUUCCUAAGGAUCUUGGGGGUCUAUCUUCUUUAGACGUUUUAGACAUAAGAGGCAAUUGUUUUUAUGGGCUACCUAACCUCAGCAGCCUUUCCAAGCUUCAAACUUUACAAUUGAAUAAUUGUACAAACCUUCGGGUGAUCCCAGAUUUACCAAAAAAAUUGGAAAUCCUGGAGGCAGAUGAGUGCAUUGCAUUGGAAAAAAUGCCAGAUUUUUCAGAUCUGUCGAGUAUGAGGGAAUUGCAUCUGAAUCACUCCCCCAAACUCACUGAGAUUCCAGGCUUGGAUAAGUUGUCAAACAUCAUGACAAGGAUUCAUAUGGAAGGGUGCACCAAUCUCACUGCUGCUUGUAAGGAAAUAAUCCUGCAGCUCCCGUCUCUCUCUCUCCCUCCCUCUCCUUUAUUUGCACAUAAAUACAACAACAACAAGGCCUUAUCCACUAAGGGGAGUCGGCUGUAUGAAUCCUAGAAUGCCAUUGCGUUUGGUUCUGUGCCACGUCUUCCGUUAGAUUCAAGUACUCCAAG